AUGAAGCAAGGAGAAUCUUCUGUGAGAGAAUACAAUACAAUGUUUCUAGCAGGAGGUCUGGUAGACAAACACGACGAACCUACAUUGGUAAAGAUGUAUCGAGAAGGCUUACGAGAAAACAUACGGUCGGAGAUUGGAACAACAGUCUUCUCGACACUAGAAGAAAUCAUGCAGGCAGCUUUGGAAAUUGAUGAAAGUGAUACGCCAUCUGACACAAAUUGCUCUUCCACAGAAUCAGACGACUCGGUUUCAGAUGACUACGUAUCUGAUGAUUCGACAAAACGCCCCAAGAAGAAGGCUAGAACGGAAAAGGAUCCUAACGACGACAUAGACGACCAAGACCAUGAUGGUGAACAAGAAACAAAGACUGAUGCUGAGUACGAAAGUGAGUGGUCUUCUCCAAAUCCGGUAGAAGGGAGUUAUGACGAGUCCGACAGUAAGGUUGAUCUUGAAGACUAUCAGGAAUACAUAGAGGAACACCACAAGUCCGAUUCUGUCUCCGUCGCCUCAGGUACCGUAACCGACGAAUCGGAAUCUUUAACAGCCACGAACAGCACUGCCGAUGGUGACUCACUCGCUGACUCUAGCGUCUCCUUCGCGAACAUCGUCGCCGAGAACAGCGCUGCCGGUGGUGGCUCCGUCACUGACUCUAGCGUCUCUGUCGCUGACAGCGUCGCAGACAACAGUGCGGCCGGAUUAGGUUCCAUUUAUGGCUCCAAUUCAACCGGAGUGGGCUCCGUCUCUGGCAACGUCACUGAAUCGAGCCCCUCCGCCGCUGGAUCCAGCCGCAUCUCAAACUCCGUCGCAUUCUCUGGCGCCGGUAAAUGCUCAGCAACCUCAGUCGUCUCCAAUCUCUAG